AUGGUGCUGAUGUUGCAGCAGAACAGACAGAGCGAACAGCAGUUCAGAAACCGGUCAUUCCUUCUGAAAAUAUGUGAUGAGAAUCCACAGUCAUGGAAAAAUCUGGCAGCUGAGAAUGGAGCAGUGGCUGUUGAGUUCGAUCUUGAAUUUACUGCAGAUGGUGUUCCCAUUCUCAUGCAUGAUGAUACAGUAGACAGGACAACUGAUGGGUCUGGAAGAUUGUGUGACCUAACUUUUGAUGAAAUAAGGAGGCUUAAUCCAUCUGCAAAGCAUAAGCUACGGAGCAAAUUCCAGGGUGAAAAGGUACCAACUCUGAGAGAAGCUGUUGUGGAGUCUAUGCAUCACAAUCUUAUCAUCUACUUCGAUGUCAAAGGCCAUGCAAAUCAGGCAGUUGACGCCCUGAAAAAACUCUACAUGGAAUUUCCUCGUUUGUACAACAGCAGCAUAGUCUGUUCUUUCAUGCCAGAUGUUGUUUAUAAGAUGAGAAAAGCUGACAGAAAUGUUGUAACAGCACUAACACACAGGCCUUGGAAUCUGAGUCAUUUAGGAGAUGGGACACCCCGUUUCAGCUCCUUGUGGAAACAUUACUGGUAUAUGAUGAUGGAUGUCAUUAUAGACUGGAGCCUACACACCUUCUUGUGGCGGUUGUGUGGGGUUUCAGCUUUCCUCACACACAAAAAUUUUGUUUCUCAGGAGUACGUGAGGUACUGGUCUUCAAAAGGAAUUCAAGUGGUCGUCUGGACAGUGAACACAUUCGCUGAAAAAAACUACUGUGAAACCAUCCUUGAAUCCAGCUACAUCACUGACAGCUUGGUGGAAGACUGUGAUUCUCAUUACUAGCCUGGUGCUCUGCAGACACCCACCAGCCACAAAAAGCCAUCUUACUUGGGCAGGUCUGAGUAUUCACCAUCAA